GUCGGUCGUGGGACGAAUAAGAAGGCGAGUUGGAUUAGUUCUGGUGUGACGGCUGUAGCAUGGUGAAGCCCCGCGCCGGCAUGGUGGUGUGCGACGAGGACUGCGCAGUUUCACCAGGUGGUAGUGUAGAGGUUCGUACUCACGGUGGUGCGAUUGAACCGGACUGGGCGUUGACUGAUCCCUCGUUCUGGACACCGAAUGUUGACGCAAUGAUACGACCAGCCAUUGGACUUCGGUUCAAGACAAUGAAUGAGGGUGUAGAGUUUUAUAUGAGCUACGGACGCGCCGGUGGGUUUGAUGUACGCCAUAGCACCAUGAAGCGAGGCCGGGAUGGUGAGGUGACUAUGCGUUAUUUAGUUUGCAGCCGUCAAGGGACCAAAGGGGGUGGUAGUAGCGGCCCAUCCACUGUGAAUGGUGAGGGAGGCCACGUUAAGCAACGAAGAAAGCGAAUUUCUAACAGGGUUCAAUGCCUAGCUAAGAUUUGUUUACGACAGGACAACACUAGAGAGUUCGUGGUGACUAUUUUCGAAGAGAAUCACACCCACCCUUUGUGCUCUGAGGCAUCCAAACAAUUUUUGCGCAUCAACAGGAACCUAGAUGCCACACAACAAGCAUUCAUUGCAAGUUGCAUUAAGGCUAAUAUUGGGACCGCUCAAAGCUUCAGAUUAUGCAAGGAGCUAGUGGGUACGUACGGUAAUAUCGGUGCAACAAGUGUUGACUUCCAUAAUUUCAAACGAGACCUACAAGAGUAUGUCAGCGGGGGUGAUGGAGAGAUGAUUAUUAAACAGUUCAGCCAGAAACGGGAGGUGUCGGAUGGUUUUUAUUUCGAUUAUCAACUAGAUGAAGAGAAUCGGUUGACGCGUCUUUUUUGGGCUGACCCCCUAGCUCGGGACAAUUUCUCGACCUUUGGUGACGCCAUUUCGUUCGAUGCAACCUAUGGUACGAACAGGUACUCUUUGGUUUUUGUGCCCUUCACCGGGGUCGACAACCACCGUCGUUGCAUCACCUUGGGGGCUGGACUACUCACUAAAGAGGACGUGGACUCAUACAUGUGGUUAUUAGACAGAUUCAAAACCGCAAUGGGUAAGAGUCCACUUUAUGUGGUUACCGAUCAGGACGCCGCCAUGAUUAUUGCUGUGGAACGGGUCUUACCAGAGAGUCGUCAUCGGUUUUGUAUGUGGCACAUCAUGACUAAGGUUAGUGAAAAAGCUGGUGGUGAACUUGCAAAGGACGAAGUAUUCCGUAAGAAGUUAAAUAGUAUAGUUUGGUCUGACCGAAUCGUAGUUGAGGAGUUCGAAUCUCAAUGGCAGGGGUUAAUGGCAGAGUAUGAUCUUGGUGAACACCGCUGGUUUAACAAACUAUAUGCGGAGCGGAUGUUCUGGAUCUCGGCUUAUUUCCUUGACUUGCCAAUGAGUGGGCUACUACGGACGACGUCCCGGUCUGAAGGGGAAAACAGUGCUUACGGUAAGUUCACAAAUCCGCACUCUAGUAUAGUUGAGUUUUAUAUGCAAUUUGAGGGUGUGCUGGAAGCUCAGCGUCACAAACAGACAAAAUUGAACGCUCAGUGCGAGGGGUAUUCACCCGAGUUUAAAACUCCUUUAGCAUUAGAAAGGCAUGUCGCGCAAAUCUACACAAUAACUAUUUUUUAUGAGGUUCAAAAAGAGAUUCUUGGUGGGUGUUUUUUUUGUCGAGUGGUUAGUAUUUGUGAGGACAAGGGUUUGAUGGUGUACGUCAUUAAAGAUGAGUGGAAUAGAGUAUGCAGUGUCGAGUACAACCCUAUUGAUUUUAGUGCACAGUGCAGUUGCAAGUUAUUCCAGAGGAUGGGUUUGGUUUGCAGGCAUAUGUUCUUGGUGUUCAAGGAAGCACACCUACAGUCGGUCCCCCCCCAAUAUGUCGUGGGUCGGUGGUGCAAACAGUGCAGCGUUCCGGGGAGCCUGGAGCAGUGCAGUACCAGUAGCCCCCCCGGAAUGGUUAUGAAUUUAUUGUGGGCCGAGAUCAACACGUGUGUAGGGAUGGUGGGAAGGAAUGAGGGACGAUUGACACGGUUGUUACAGGCAAUGAAUGAACUGAAAGCUGAAUUCGUGGCUGACGGGUCGAGCACUCGCAUGGUAAAGGGCAACACCGCUGCUAUUCAGGCUUUGUGUGGUGUGUGCCCUCCGCAAUCCAUAUCUAUUAAGCCCCCAGCACAAGUGAAGAACAAGGGGAGUGGGAAACGCAUCAAGAGCAAACGGGAGUUAGCUAUCGAGGCUAGGGAGAAGGGUGAGCACAAGUGCGGGGCGUGCGGUCUUUACGGGCGUCAUGACCGCCAAAAUUGCCCUAAAUUUCCACGUGUCGGUUCCGGUGACAAACUGAAUAAAAAAAAUAGUGCUUAA